AAAAACUCGAGCCUUUGAAUUUGAAAAGCAUGCCCGAGGUCACUAAAGUCCAGCAAUUCGUCCACGCCGAUUCUUCUGGUGGUUGGGAAAAGAGCUGGGAGCAGGGAUUAAUCCCAUGGGAUUUAGGAGAACCAACACCUAUUAUUCUUCACCUUCAGCAAGGUGGGACUCUUCCCAAUGGUAGAGCACUAGUACCUGGGUGUGGCACCGGAUAUGAUGUGGUGGCAAUGGCAUCUCCUGAACGCUAUGUUGUUGGAUUGGACAUAUCAGAAAAUGCCAUUAAGAAGGCAGAGGAGAUGUCAUCCUCAUCACCAAGAGCGAACUGUUUCGCCUUCUUAAAGGAAGACUUUUUCACUUGGUGCCCUAGUGAGCUAUUUGAUCUCAUUUUUGACUACACGUUCUUCUGCGCCAUUGAACCAUCAAUGAGAUCAGCAUGGGCAAAGAGAAUGUACGAACUUCUAAAACCAGAUGGAGAACUUAUAACGCUGAUAUUCCCAAUCAGUGACCAUGUUGGUGGACCACCUUACAGAGUAUCAGUGUCUGACUAUGAGGAGGUGUUGCGUCCCGUGGGCUUUAGGCCAGUGUCUAUUGUGGAUAAUCACCUUGCCGAAGGUGUUCGCCAGGGAAGAGAGAAGGUGGGAAGGUGGAAGAAGCUCGUCGGUAAACCUUCUCCAUCACAGUGAUCAUUGGGGACUGGCUUCCUGAGGUGGUGGAGACUAUGCAUCUCUUAAUUUAUGAUUGGUUAGUGUGGCCA